CUUUCUUUUUUUCUCUUUUGCUCUUUUGCUUGGCGUUUUCUUUUCUUUUUUUGUUUUUCUUCUCUCUCACACAGCACAGGUCUCCUCAACUCCCAUGUUUCGCUUCUUCUGAAAGUUUUCUGAGAAAAUUCUCCAUUUUCCCUGCAAAUCCAAUCUCUUUCUUGUCCAAAGAUAAUGGCCCAGCAGAUCUCGGAUACGCACUUGUUGCUUCUUCCAAAAUUGACAUUAAAACAUUAAAGAGAAAAAGAUAAAUAUUGAGAUCCCUGUUCUUUUGGGGGUGUAUCCCACUUUCCUUUUUUUUUUUUCUUUUGCAUUUUCCCGAGAAAAUAAAAAGAAGCUUUCUUUUCUUUUCUUUCUUUCUUCUCUGUUUUCUCAGCAUUUUCCUCAAGUAAAGAAAUAAGCUUUGAGCUGAAAAAUCUCACAAAACUCCUUUCUCCCGUUUAGAAAAGACUCUUCUUUUGGCCUUUUUCCGAAAGGUAGCUCGUUGAUGUUAAGUUAACAAUGGCGUGUUUUAUUCGUUCCUUACUGCUUUAGAAAGCUUAGUUUUUCUUUGACUUUACCUUCAACCACUUAUAAUGUUUCUGCCAAAAAAAAAAAAAUAUAUUGCUAAUAGUCUUUGAGAUCUUAUCUACAACCUCAUCUUCCACUUUUGCAAGUAUAGAGAAGAAUGAAAAAGCAGAUUUGAUGAUUCCUUUAACAUUGCUCAAGAGUGUGAAGUGAAUGAAAAUGCAGCAGAACAGCUUAUUCCCGGGGUGCAAUUUCUCAAACCGUGACAUUACGGAUACGAGAAGUGGUUGGAGUUUGUGUCCUGUACAGGAUACUGAUGCGGUCUUAACCAAUAGAUACGGCGGCAAUUUGAAUGUCGAUGAUACAUUCUCUUUAUUCUGUAGUGAUCUUUACCUUAGCCAAGUGAAAGGAGCGCUGAGGGACACCAUGCUUGUACAUGAAUCUGUCUUUGAAAGUCAGAUCAAUGAGCUUCAUCGUCUGUAUCGGAGGCAGAAGGAACUGAUGAUGGAAAUGGAGGGAACUCGACAUCAUAGGGCCUCGUUCUUAAAUUCUGGUUUCCCUAUCCCUAGAUCACACUGGAUGGGUUCGAGCAUUUCUGCAUAUCAAACUAGGAACUUGUCUCAUGAAGCAGACAUUGCUUACCAGAUGGAAGCUGAGCUUCUUGUUGAAAACAAGGUUGAGAAGUUUGAAAAGAAGGUCUUGGAUCUGGAAUUACCAGUUUUUGAGUAUAAUGAUAUGGAUGAAGAAGUCCAUGAAGCUCCAAACUUUUUGAAACAGCAAUCUCUCCGAAGGAUGUCUCUGGACUCGGGUCAGCAGUUCAGUAAGCUGCAACUUGAUUUGAAUGAACCGGCCAAGAUCGAGGAACAUUCAGAUAUUGUAUUCAAUCAGUUCCUGAGUCCACUUACAUCAAAUGAAAUUGGAGAACAGUCCGAUACAAAGAAUGAGGGAGAAAGUUCGGUAAAAGGUUCCAAUGGGACAAAUGAAGCGCAAAGAUCUGUUAAAUGUCGAGAAGAGUAUGGAAUUGACUUGAACAUGUCUCCCCUUUCAUCCGAAGAAGAAACAAUUGUUGUUAAUAAGUUUGAAACCGAGAAACAUCAAGAGUCUUCUUCGGGUUUGGUUCAUGGAAAACACAGCUCAGAGCAGCCGAGAGUGAUUGUUCAAGCGCUACCAUGUUCAACUAGCACUUUAGUUUUGGACAAACGAUAUAAGUUAUUGAUGAGAGGCUCAAGGUCAAGGAAGAAGGUAAAGCUUUUUCCAAGUAACAAAACUUUCAAAGGCUCAGAUCAUGACUCGCACUUGAGUGCUCAAGCCAGCUCAGAAUCUCAAAGCAAUCAAACAAGUAUGGAGAAAGGGAGUUCAAGUUCUUUGUCUGAAGCAAAAUCUGCAAAAAAGAGAACCAAUCUAGGAAAGAAAAGGCGUUGUAAACCACAAAUGAAAUCAAGUAAGGGUCAAAAAGUAGUUGCCAAAAAGAGUGGAAGAAUGAAACGGAAGAAGAGCAGAAAGAUAUCUCUUGUUAGAGAGGGUAAUUAUCAAGAAGUAUCUGCAGCUGAGGCUAUAGUACAUAUGUCUAGAAAGUCUAGUCAAGAAACCACUGAUACUAGUACUUCCUUGGGCAGAAACCUUCUUUGGUUUGCGGAGAUUUCUGCUUCGGUUGCUGAGGACUAUGAAAUCAGCUUUUUGGAGGCCAUGAAAUUGCAGCAGAGAGAGAAGAAGCUAGAGGAGCACAAGACACAUAAGAAAGAAGCAGCAGUCGCCAACAUUGUCCUUGGAAAGCAGAGGAGAAGCCGGGCCAGGCAGGGAAAGCAGAAAUGCAAAGACGACCAGCACAAUGCUAAGCUGAGUAUAAGCACAUUUUCAGAACGUGAAGCCAAUGAGGACCAGCAGGUACUUGGAAAGCUAAUUGAAGCUUCUGAAUUAAAAUGGCAUUGCGGGUUCCUCAAGAACAAGCGCAAAAGCUCUCCUUCGAACCCACUAGAUGCUUUCACUUUCUCGGGGGAAGAAAAAACGGGUGUCCAUUGGGGAGCCUUAAAGAAGCGAAGACGAAGCUCAAGAAUUCCUGCUGCUGAUUUUACGCACAUGAUCAUCAACCAAGUAGUAUAGCAAAACUAAAGAAGUAAUUACUAUCCGUACCAUAGUUUGCGCCAUGUCCUUUUUUUGGAGAUGAAGAUGCUUUUUGUAACAAGUCUUAUUCUAGAGAUUAAGACUACAUAGGAGAAAUCAAACUUUAAGAAUAUCUGUUCAUCAAAAGGCAAUGAAUGUGUUUUAGACUAGA